GCACUGUGUGAACUCGUACAGCUUGUGUCACUUGUAUUCAUACAGAGAGCAUACAGCGUCUACUACAGCACAGGUUUUUUAAAUUGUAAAACAAACAAACAAACAAAAAAAAAAACAAAACACCUGACUUCCUCCUUAAACAGUGAGCCCUAAUGCAGGGUAGAUGUCCUUAUUAUAGAUGGGUUGCACCAGGCUGGCAUUGUCAGCUGAGGAUGUACGGUUGUGGUGGGGUUACCAUGGCGACUGCCUUCCAGGAGCUGCUCAAGGUCACCCAGCAGUUGCAGCCUGGAGUGCUUGCUGCUUAAGCAAAAUAUCCUCACCAAACAUCAGUCCGGAUGUGAUUGCUGCCUUGAGAAAGCAACAACAGGGAGGCAAAGCAGGGGGUUAUUUUGGGGUUGAGGGAAAGGAGGUUCUCUUUAUUCUGUGUUCCAAUCCAUCAGAUAUUUCAGGAUUCUUCGAAUCAUUGCAGUAGGGUGGGGCUUGGUUGAACUGAAAGCCAGAAGUGGUCUAGUAUCAAUGACAUGAAAAUUGUUUUAUUUAAAAGCAAAACACUUACAAAAUAGAAAAUGGAAUUCUACAUGGAAUCUGUAGAAGCCUGAGCAACUUGACUAGAAAUUGGUGACCAGCCCUGAAGCUUGUAGUACCAAAGCAAAUGCCUAUACUGGUGGAAAUUUAAUUAAGAUGGUGAAAAUUGUUGUGCUGAGCUGAGAAUUCAGAAAUUCUUACAUGUAAGGAUCUCUGUUAUAAGAUGUCCAGAUUCAUUCUUGCAUCUAAAUCCUUCUGGAUAUAGUUUGAGAAUGUCACUCUAACAGCAUUUUCAGUCAAAUGCAGACAAAUUCAGAGAUAAGGCUAGAGAAGGAAUUUUUCAUGAAGCUGAUUCUGUGUCUGAGGUUGCAGGACUUCAUACUGCAUGCAUAAAGUUGAAUCCAUUAAACUAAAAUUUCAUUUGAAUGAAAGUGCUGUUUCCUUGGUUUGGAUAGUUAUCUGAUGAGUAAAAAGCCACCAUGUUUUAUGUGGCUUUUUGUUUGUGCUUUUUCCUACUUUUUGGAUUUAAACUUGGUUUUCUUCUUUCCUCUUACAUCAUUUCUUGGUCUAAAGUAGUGUAGCAUGACAGCAACAAAGCUAUCAUUCAGCAGAUGAUAUGGCUAACAUCUCAUCUCAAACCUCUUUCAUAAAGCGGUUCAGUAGCAGUGGUUCAGGGGAACCUCCAGGCUUGAAGUACUACCAGCGCUACACAGCAACGUCAGGCUUUCCUACUGGCUUCUGUUGGAGAGAGAACACUGAGCUAGGAUGUGACUUAAAAUGACUUCUGAUUCUGAAGGUCCUAUGAAAAAUAUGCUGUGCUUGAAUGUUUGCUAAGGACAUUUGCUGAUGUGUGGUCAGGAUGAGUGGAUUAGGAGAAAACUCCUUAGAUAGCUUGGCCAAUGAGUCAAGGAAGCGCAAGCCAUUGCCUUGUGAUACCCCAGGUGCAAGUCUGACCUGCAGUGGUGAGAAGCGUCGGCGUGAGCAGGAAAGCAAAUACAUUGAAGAAUUGGCUGAACUGAUAUCUGCUAAUCUGAGUGACAUUGAUAAUUUCAAUGUCAAACCAGACAAAUGUGCUAUUUUAAAAGAAACCGUGAGACAGAUUCGACAGAUAAAAGAGCAAGGAAAAGCUGUUUCUAAUGAUGAUGAUGUUCAGAAAGCUGAUGUGUCUUCUACGGGUCAAGGAGUUAUUGAUAAGGAUUCCUUGGGACCUCUUUUAUUACAGGCAUUGGAUGGUUUCCUGUUUGUUGUAAAUCGAGAUGGGAACAUAGUAUUUGUGUCAGAAAAUGUCACACAGUAUUUGCAAUAUAAACAAGAAGAUCUGGUAAAUACAAGCGUCUAUGGUAUCCUGCAUGAAGAGGACCGGAAGGACUUCCUUAAAAACUUACCAAAAUCUUCAGUUAACGGUGUUGCUUGGACCAAUGAAACACCUAGACAGAAGAGCCAUACAUUUAAUUGCCGGAUGAUGGUGAAAACUUCUCAUGAUCUUUUGGAAGAUGUAGGCAGCCAUCAGGAUACACGUCAGAGAUACGAAACAAUGCAGUGUUUUGCUUUAUCUCAGCCAAGAGCUAUGAUGGAAGAGGGGGAAGAUUUGCAGUCUUGUAUGAUUUGUGUGGCACGUCGUAUCACAACUGCUGAAAGAGUAUUUCCAACAAACCCAGAGAGUUUUAUUACCAGACAUGAUCUUUCAGGCAAACUUGUUAACAUUGAUACAAACUCAUUGCGAUCUUCCAUGAGACCUGGCUUUGAAGAUACAAUUCGUCGAUGUAUUCAGAGGUUCUUAUGCCAUAAUGAUGGACAGACAUGGUCAAACAAACGCCAUUAUCAUGAAGCUUAUACACAAGGUCAUGCUGAAACACCACUGUAUCGGUUUUCUUUAGCGGAUGGUACUAUCGUGACAGCACAAACAAAGAGUAAACUAUUUCGAAAUCCUGUAACUAAUGACCGUCAUGGAUUUGUCUCUACCCACUUUCUUCAAAGAGAGCAAAAUGGAUAUCGAACAAAUCCUAACGCAGUUGGGCAAAACAUGAGAACACCUGUGGCUGGAAAUACAAAUUCUGUUGGUGGUCUUAUGAACAUGUCACCCAGUCAAAGCAUGCCAUUGCAGAACAGGAACUACGGCAUGGGAGAUCCCAAUACAGUGAGUCAGCUGAGCAACUCUCGAUAUGGAGGCCCUGGUAGUAUGGGGCCAGUGAACUCUGGACCAGGAAUGCAGUCCUCUGCCUAUCAGAACAACAGUUAUGGCUUAAAUAUAAGUAGCCCACCACAUGGUAGUCCUGGUUUAACAUCCAACCAACAGAAUAUAAUGAUAUCUCCUAGGAAUCGAGGGAGUCCAAAAAUGAGUUCGCACCAGUUUUCUCCAGUUACAGGUAUGCACUCUCCAAUGGGAUCUGCCAGCAACACCAGCAACAGCACUUUCUCUAGCAGUUCUCUUAGUGCUCUUCAAGCCAUUAGUGAGGGUGUUGGAACUUCCCUGUUAUCAACACUUUCUUCUCCGGGUCCAAAAUUGGAUAAUUCCCCAAACAUGAGUGUAGCUCAGCAAAAUAAAGCAAGCACCCAAGAUUCCAAAAGCCCUUCCGGCUUGUAUUGUGAACAAAAUCAAGUGGAAAGUUCCCUCUGCCAAUCAAACAGCAGGGAUCUUCUUAGUGAAAAAGAUAGUAAAGAGGGAAGCCUGGAGACACCCGAAAGUCAGAGAGGACAAUCUGAAAGCAAAGGGCAUAAAAAGCUGCUUCAGUUACUCACGUGCUCCUCAGAUGAAAGAGGACAUUCCACAGCAUCAAACUCACCGUUAGAAUCUAAUUGUAAAGAAUCUUCUACCAAUGUUACCAGUCCUUCGGGAGUUUCCUCAUCAACAUCUGGAGGGGUGUCUUCCUCCUCAAACAUGCAUGGGUCACUCCUGCAAGAGAAGCAUAGAAUUUUACAUAAAUUGUUGCAGAACGGUAAUUCUCCUGCAGAAGUAGCCAAGAUCACAGCUGAAGCUACUGGUAAAGACACAUACCAUGACUCUGCUAAUAUAGCCCCAUGUGGAGAAGGCACAGUCAAACAGGAACAACUGAGCCCAAAGAAGAAGGAAAACAAUGCUUUACUAAGAUACCUGUUAGAUAAAGAUGAUGUUAAGGAUCCACUUUCCAAAGAGUUGAAGCCUAAAGUAGAAAAUGUGGAUAAUAAAAUGGGUCAAUGCAGUAGUUCUUCUAUUCCUACUUCCAGUCAAGAAAAGGACAUGAAAAUAAAAACGGAACCAACAGAGGAGAUGAGUGGAGACUUGGAUAAUUUGGAUGCAAUUUUAGGUGAUCUGACUAGUUCGGAGUUUUAUAAUAAUGCUAUGUCUACAAAUGGAAAUAGCUUUGGAACAAAGCAAGCAUUAUUUCAAGGAAAUGCCCCAUUGAGUAUGAGGAAUCCCCAGUCUGUGCAGCCUACCCGUCCACCUUUCAACAGAGCCAUGUCUUUAGACAGUCCUGUGGGUUCGAGUGCUCCAGUGAGGAAUGUCAAUGCAUUCUCCAUGUUACAAAAGCAAAACAUGAUGGGUGGAAGUCCAAGAAUGAUUGAAAACCAGGAAAAUUUUGGAGCAAAUCUAGUGAGCGCUCCCAACAGAAGUGUAGCUAUGAAUCAACACCAGUCUGGAGACUGGGGUUUGCCAAACUCAAAGGUUAACAGGUUGGAACCUACAAGUUCUACUUCAGUGAUGAGACCAGGACCUGAGUUUAGUGCAUCACUGCCCAGGCCCACAGCAGGCAGCUCUAUGCCUGGACUGCCCGUUCGUUCUAAUAGCAUACCUGGUACAAGACCAAUGCUACAACAGCAAAUGAUUCACAUGAGGUCGAAUGAGAUUAACAUGGGUUUGGGGGGGAAUCCAUAUGGACAGCCGGCACCAUCUAACCAGCCAGGAUCAUGGCCUGACAACAUGCUGUCCAUGGAGCAAGCAUCGCGGAGUUCACAAAACAGACAAUUAGUGAGAAACUCUUUGGAUGACCUCUUAUGUGCAGCACCAAAUGUGGAAGGACAGAAUGAGGAAAGAGCGCUUUUGGAUCAGCUGCACACUUUGCUGAGUAAUACAGAUGUCACGAGCCUGGAAGAAAUUGACAGAGCGCUAGGAAUUCCUGAUCUUGUAAACCAAGGGCAAGCUCUGGAAGCCAAGCAAGAUUCAUUUCAAGGUCAGGAAUCUGCAGUGAUGAUUGACCAGAAGCCUUCAUUAUAUGGUCAGCCCUAUCAAGGGCAAGGGGCAGCCCUGCCAGGAGGUUUUAGCAACAUUCAGGGACAACAGCCAUCCUUUAAUUCAGUGAUGAAUCAGAUGAGCCAACAAAGCAAUUUUCCACUUCAAAGUAUGCAUCCUAGAGCAAAUGUGAUGAGACCUCGGACCAAUACACCAAAGCAGCUCCGCAUGCAGCUCCAGCAGAGGCUUCAGGGGCAGCAGUUCAUGAAUCAAACCCGUCAAGCCCUUGAAAUGAAAAUGGAAAAUCCAGGCAGUAAUACCUCAGUGAUGAGACCAGUUAUGCAGCCACAGGUGGCAUCACAGCAACAAGGUUUUCUUAAUGCUCAAAUGGUGGCUCAGCGUAACAGGGAGCUAAUAAGUCAUCAUUUUAGACAACAGAGGAUGGCAAUGAUGAUGCAGCAGCAACAGCAACCUCAGGCCUUCAGUCCGCCACCAAAUGUGACUGCCUCAGGAAGCAUGGACAGUGGUCUGACAGGCCCUCCAAUGGCUCAAGUUCCUCCACAGCAAUUCUCCUAUCCACCUAAUUAUGGAAUAACUCAACAACCUGAUCCUGCCUUUAGUAGAGUAUCAAGCCCUCCCAAUCCAAUGAUGUCAUCAAGAAUGGGACCCUCUCAGAAUCCUAUGAUGCAGCAUCCUCAGGCAGCAGCAAUGUACCAGUCUCCUGAGAUGAAGGGCUGGCCCUCAGGAAGCAUGACCAGGAGCAGUUCUUUUCCACAGCAACAGUUCAGCCAUCAAGGUAAUCCUGCAACGUAUAGUAUGAUGCACAUGAAUGGCAGCAGUGGCCAUCUUGGACAGAUGAACAUUAAUACUAUGCCUAUGUCAGGGAUGCCUAUGGGUCCAGACCAGAAAUACUGCUGACACCUAAACCCGAUCUCCAAACAAGAAUGCGCUGUAUUAACGAUGCACUAGUAUUGUAAAGGAAAGUUACGCAUUCUUCAUGGCAACUAGUACUGGCCUUCUGGAAAUAAGGGAUUUUUCCUGCUAAUCACCAUGAUGUCCUAAGUUACUUCAUUCAGAGAAAAAAAAAAAAAAAAGAAAAAAACUUUUUUAGUAGAGGCAUCCAUAUUACUGUAUAUUGUGGUGUACAAAUAAGGUCAUAAAUAUUUUUGGCGCUCUGCCUCUAGAAAUGUGAAUUCGGCAAAGGCAUUUUAGUAAAUAGGAUGGGUAGACCCCUGGAAUACCUUGUCUGUUUACUGUAGCUAUCCAAAGCCCUUUAACUACAGGCAGAUGAAAGUGCCUGGAGAAGUCACAGUGAUAAGAAUUUCCUGAUUUCUCUAGUAAGAAUAUCUGACAGAGAAUGUAGUUCCUAGCCUUGACUCUUUUAUAUUAAUUCCUGAAUAUAAAUGCUGCUUUUAAUCUCUUACCCCCAGGAGUCAGGAUUUCCCAAGCAGAGGAGCAGUGCAAAAUGAAUUGGCACAUACUAUUCCAAAAUCCUGUCCAUUGAUGCCAAGGGGUAAAAAGAGAGGAUAAUAAAUUUAAAUUAUUUAAACACAAUUGUGACUAAUAUUUACAUAUUGAUGUGCAGCUGAGUGCACUUUAUAUAAGACUAUAUAAUGGAUUAAUGCAAUAUCUUUGAUAAGGACUUAAUAUGAAGGUAGGGUGUGCUCAUGUUCCUUCUCAAACACAAUCUCUUAAGAAUUAUUUGAAGACUGCAUAAUGUAAUGUUUUCUGUGUAUGGAAAUUAGAGCAAUAAUCUUUCAUCAUUUUGAGAAUACUUCAGAAAACUCAAGGCAAGGCACUGCAGUCGGAAUCAGAAUUUUGCAGUCUUUUUGUGAAUAAAUUUUGUAAAUAUGUUCUUUAAGAUAAUGUAUUAUAUAUAUGACUUUUGUAGGUCACUAACUCAUUUUUGCAGAGUUUGUGAAGCUAAAUAUUUAACAAAAUUGAUUUCUGUAAACUCAGCGUAGUUGAGGUCCAAAUAGAAUACUUUUUUUUUUUAAUUAAACUUAAUGACUUUGAAACUGGGUGACCUCAGCCCACAUCUUUCUCUUCUUUGGUCUUUGACACUUCAUUUAUUUUUACAUCUUUAACAUGUAGCUUUUUAUAAAAGACGAGUUGUUAAAUGCUUUCUCCACCUGUGAGCACUUUGUUACAUUUAUUUUUGCAUAAGGCAAUUUGACAAAAAGGCUCUGCAUAGUAAGAUGUUAUGACUUGUCAUGAUGAUCAUGUCUUUCUACAAUCUUUCUCCUUUUCAGUUGAUGAAUCUGGAUUGUGUCUUUUUUGGUCAAUUUUAACAAACUCUAAAUGUUCUUUGAAAGAAGUUUAUCUGUUGCAAAAUAUUUGUUGUUACAUAACAUCCAGAAAUCUAUAAGGAUAUUAAGCCACACUUAACCAAAUGUCUGCACUUCAUUGGAUUGUUCUAAUAGUAAUGAAUGUAUUUUCUAAGCAGGUUUCUCUCAUAUCAGUAUUUAAGUUUGUUUGGUUACAAAUUUAUUCAUAUUAUUUGCUGAUAAGGUUUAUUUUUUUCUCUAUUUUGGUUCCUUGACAUGAAGAUCCUUUUGCAGUUUUUCCAGUUUCAGGCAGUUACAAUGAGUCAAACCCCUAAUCUUCCAUAAGGGAUGACCCAGAAAUGUUUAAGAUGUGUGGUCCUUUUGUUCUGUUGUUCACUGUGUAAUGGAAAACUGACUUCUCCCAAGUGAGUAAAAAAAAAAAAAAA